AUGGCUACUCGAUCUGGACAGCAGUACCAAAGACCUUCCACCAGUUUACCAGACCUCAUUAUAAAGGAAGAAGAAACUCAAAUAGUUAAACGUAAGGCUGGUAACCGUAUGUCAGUCAGGAGUCUCUCGAGGAAAGGUUCUAUUAUCGCCUCAACUAAAAGUAAAAAGGAUAAACUUGAGGAACAGCUUGCUGUACAGAAAGUGGAAUUGGAAUUUAAAGAAAAAGAAUUACAGCUUCGAAUGGAGCAAUUGGAAAUCCAGAAGGAGGUAGCCAUUACAAAGGCAUUAUUGGAGGUGGUCGAUGAGACCAGCGAAGAUGAACUUUUGAUCGAGGAUGAUGAUCUUAAAGAUGUCCCUGCUGAAGAACCGGAUGAAGGUGUUAGAAGGUUUUUAAAUACUUUGCCUCCAGCAGUUAAUCAAAAUGUGUCUCCAAAUAAUUCAAGUGAGACCAACCCAAUGCUGAUUAAGCAAUUGGUCGACUCGUUCAAGUUACCACCAUUAAGAGUUGCAAGUUUCAAUGGAGACCCUCUGAAGUAUCCCAUGUGGGAGACAUCAUUCAACAGUCUGAUUGCUGAUAAGGUACUCUUAGCAGGAGAGAAGUUGAAUCUACUGAGCCAGUAUUUGGUUGGCGAGCCUUAUGACAUGGUGAGCAGUUAUAUGUUGCUUCAAGACGAAGGUGCAUAUCAACUAGCCCGUAAGGAGCUCAAAUCCAGAUAUGGUAACAACUCUGAGAUAAGCAGAGCAUUCCUCACAAAGCUGUAUGAUUGGCCAAAGAUUGGGGCAAAAGAUGCAAGUAGACUGAGGAAUUUCUCGGAUUUUCUUAAUGAGGUAUGUGCUGCUAAGAAGAGGAUUCCAGAUCUAGGUCUUUUAGACUAUAAACAAGAAAAUUACAAAAUAAUCAGCAAAUUGCCAACAUACAUUGAAAACAAAUGGAGGCGAAUCGUGCAAGAACAUCUUGAAGAGGAUGGAUUCCCAAGCUUCGAAGUUUUCUGCAAGUUUAUAGAACAAAGAUCCAAAGAAGCAAAUAUUCCCAUAUUUGAUUGCUCUUCUACUCCGACCAGUAAUUCCCAACCGAAUAGAUCAUCAAAAAAGUCCUUUGCGAUGAUAGAAAUGCCUACAUGCGCAUUAUGUAAAGGGAAGCAUCAGUCUGUCAAAUGCGACCGGUUCUGUUCUUCAACGAGUGAAAGGAAAAUUGAGCUGCUGAAGGACUGGAAAUUGUGCUUUGGUUGCCUUAAGUAUGGCCAUAGGUCCAAAGAGUGCAGAAAUAGGAUGAAAUGUGAAACUU